CGGGCCACGCCUCCAGCUGUCAGAGCCGCUCGGGGGUCGUGAGAGCUGGGGAUCGACUCCACUCAUCCACCCUCAACCUAAACCUACACGCUGUUAGAAAACCCCGACUUUGCCGAGACUACACGUGCAGCGGGGCUCCGCAGAGGAGUCACCUUUCUCCGUCCCCAUCCCCAUCCAAGCGCCCCUAGCUCUGACAACGCCUUCAGACUCCAGAGUGAGUGCUAAGGCUCCCAGAACUGGCAGCAGGUGUCGGGGCGGACGUCCAACUUUCUGGAGACACUCGGGUUGACGUCUUGCCUUUCACAAAGGCCCCUGCCCCUUCUCGGAGCCAGCUCUCCCUCGCCGCUGGAAACCGUGCCUCUUCGCAGCAUGGCCACCAGGCUCAGCCUCGACGAUCUUCCGCUGCCCAUCACGCUGUCUGCACAGCAGACCACGCUCCUGCUGCUCUUUUCGGUGCUGGCCGCGGUGCACGUAGGCCAGUGGCUGCUGAGGCAGCGGCGGCGGCAGCCAGGGUCGGUGCUCCCGGGACCCUUUGCGUGGCCGCUGAUCGGAAACGCCGCGGCGAUGGGCCCGGCGCCGCACCUCUCGUUCGCGCGCCUGGCGCGGCGCUACGGCGACGUCUUCCAGAUCCGCCUGGGCAGCUGCCCGGUGGUGGUGCUGAACGGCGAGCGCGCCAUCCGCCAGGCCCUGGUGCACCAGGGCGCCGCCUUCGCGGACCGGCCGCCCUUCGCCUCUUUCCGCGUGGUGUCGAACGGCCGCAGCCUGGCUUUCGGCCAGUACUCCGAGCGCUGGAAGGCUCAGCGGCGCGCGGCGCACAGCACCAUGCGCGCUUUCACCUCGCGCCAGCCGCGCAGCCGCCGCGUCUUCGAGGGCCACGUGCUGGACGAGGCGCGCGAGCUGGUGGAGCUGCUGGUGCGCGGCAGCGCCGGCGGCGCCUUCCUCGACCCGCGGCCGCUGACCGUGGUGGCGGUGGCCAAUGUCAUGAGCGCCGUGUGCUUCGGCUGCCGCUACAGCCACGAGGACGCCGAGUUCCGCGAGCUGCUCAGCCACAACGAGGAGUUCGGGCGCACGGUGGGCGCGGGCAGCCUGGUGGACAUGCUGCCCUGGCUGCAGCGAUUCCCUAACCCGGUCCGCACCGCCUUCCGCGAAUUCGAGCUGCUGAACCGCAACUUCAGCAACUUCGUCCUUGACAAGUUCCUGAGGCACCGCGAAAGCUUUCGCCCCGGGGCCGACCCUCGCGACAUGAUGGACGCCUGCAUCCUCUCCGUGGAAAAAGAGGCGGCCCAGGGCCCUGGCGACAGCGGCGCGGGGUUGAACUUAGAUGACGUGCCGUCUACUGUCACCGACAUAUUCGGCGCCAGCCAAGACACUCUCUCCACGGCGCUGCAGUGGCUGCUCAUCUUUUUCACCAGGUACCCUGAAGUGCAGGCUCGGGUGCAGGCAGAAUUGGAUCAAGUGGUGGGUAGAGACCGUCUCCCCUGCCUGGAUGACCAGCCCAAGCUGCCCUACGUCAUGGCCUUCCUUUAUGAAGCCAUGCGCUUCUCCAGCUUUGUGCCUGUCACCAUUCCUCACGCCACCACUGUCAAUACCUCUGUUUUGGGCUACCACAUUCCCAAGCACACGGUGGUUUUUGUUAACCAGUGGUCCGUGAAUCAUGACCCAGUGAAGUGGCCCAACCCGGAGGACUUCGAUCCCACCCGCUUCCUGGACCAGGACGGCUUCAUCAACAAGGACCUGACCAGCAGCGUGAUGAUUUUUUCGGUGGGCAAACGGCGCUGCAUUGGGGAAGAGCUCGCCAAGAUGCAGCUGUUUCUCUUCAUCUCCAUCCUGGCUCACCAGUGCAAUUUCAAGGCCAAUCCAGAUGAGCCCUCAAAAAUGGAUUUUAAUUACGGCCUGAGCAUUAAACCCAAGUCAUUUAAAAUCAACGUGACUCUCAGAGAGUCCAUGGAGCUCUUCGACAGGGCUGUGCAAACGUUACAGGCCGAGCAAGACCGCCAGUGAGAAGCCAGAGCAAGCUGGGAUUUUAGAAGUACUCAAGUUUUGGGGGGAUGAGGAGUAAAAUUGUUCAGCUCCUCUGUACCACGUUGUCAGUUAGCCUCUAAAGUGAGCCCAGGUCAGCACUGGGCUGUGCAGGAGCUCCGGGAAGAUUGUUUUCAGUCACAGAGUUAAAAGGCCCAAAGAAUUUUUAGACAUAACUUCGAAUGCUGGUAAUAAUUUCUCGAGGGAGCAUUCUUUGGAGAUAAAACACACCUGCGCACACACACAGAACUACCUGAUGAAGAGGUACUUCCAAAGCCAUGCCUUUGUGGGUGGGAUCCGAGGUUGAUGUUCUGUGCGGUGAACAUCAGUAGAAAAUGAUUUUAAGCCAGGUUUCAGAAUAUGUUGUUCAAUAUGCAAAGGCAAAUAAUUUCCGUGUAAGGCAUGUGAUUGAGGAUGAGAGGGAAAAGAUUCAGACCAGAAAUUUUUCUUCUUACCUUAUCAAUACAAUAGCUUAGUUAGGCUGUGGUAUCUGUGGAUGGAUUUAUCUUUGGCUUAUUGAUGUACUUUCUCUUUUUUUGGAUGACUCAUAAGAUCAUUUGCUGAAAAGGAAAUUAAUAAUAGUUGCUUUAGUAAUUAUAGUGGGUUUCACUGAUUUAUCAUGAAUUUCAAAGUAUAAGCUGUUAAAUUGUAAAAUAUUGCAAGCUGUGUUGGUUACCAAAGUACAGAAUUUCAAUUAUGAGCAAUAAUCCCCCCCACAAAACAAGAUUUACCAGCCCAGCUAAGCUUUAAAUGAUGUGCUUGCAAUGCACAGAUUUCAAUAAUACGCAUAUGUUAAAAAGAUCACCAAAUAGUAUUCAAUAUGUAUAUACAUAUAGUU